GAGCAUACACCAUUGCAUCUUGGGACAAAGAAGGGGCCGUCCUUGCAGUGUUUUGAGCGAGUCCUUGAAUCUGAGAUGAGAGUAUUUGGUCAAAAUCUAACCAACAGUACUUUGAAAAACCAUUAGUGGGUAAUACGCGUCUCGACUAACGACACUGGUCGUGUGAGUUCCGCAGCCGGUUGGAAAUGGGAGCUGAUAAGCGGAUUAGCCGCACCGAGCGCAGUGGCAGAUAUGGCUCUGACCAGUCCCGCGAUGAGUCAGAAUGGCGUGAGAGGCGGGACAGGGACCAGGAACGGGAUCACAGCACGCGCCGUUGGAGCGACGACAGACGCAACGACCGCUAUGAAGGAGAUCGCCGAGGACCCCGAGACAGUCCAGAGAGAGAGCGGAAGCGACGCAACAGUGAUAGAUCAGAAGAUGGUUAUCACUCUGAUGGAGACUAUCCAGAGCAGGAUUACAGAAGGGAGGCAGGGGAGGAGAAGAAGAGCAAGACCAUCAUGCUCUGGGGGUUGUCUGCUCACGUCACUGAGGAGGAUAUUCGUGCUGCCAUUGAUGAGCUGGAGGGCCCCCAGCCAGUGGAUGUCAGGCUGAUGAAGAAGAAAACAGGUAUAAGCCGUGGUUUCGCCUUCGUGGACUUUUAUCACUUGCAAGAUGCUACCCGAUGGAUGGAGACCAAUCAGAAACGUCUGACCAUCCAUGGCAAAAGCGUGGACAUGCACUACAGCCACCCCCGAAACAAGUAUGAAGACUGGCUGUGCAACACUUGUGGCCUGUACAAUUUCCGGAGGAGGCUGAAGUGCUUCAGGUGUGGAGCAGCUAAAGCUGAGAGCGAGGCCAGCAGUACCACUGGAGUCACAGAAACUCAUCCCAGUGCAGAUUUCUACGGUGACACGAUCAUCUUGAGGAACAUUGCCCCCCUGACCACAGUCGAGGCCAUCAUGGCAGUCCUGGCACCAUAUGCCAAUCUCUCUUCUAACAACAUUCGCCUUAUCAAGGAUAAGCAGACAGGCCAGAACAGAGGCUUUGCCUUUGUGCAGCUGUCCUCCCCUCUGGAGGCUUCUCAGCUGUUAACCAUCCUACAGGGGCUACAGCCUCCCCUAAAACUAGAUGGAAAAACUAUUGGAGUGGAUUACGCUAAGAGUGCCAGGAAGGACCUUUUGCUGCCUGAUGGGAAUCGUGUCAGCGCUUUCUCUGUUGCCAGCACUGCCAUUGCUGCAGCUCAGUGGUCCUCAAGUCAGCCACAACAGGGCUCAGAGGGAGUGUCAGAGUACAGCUACCUGCAAGAGGGCUACACCCCAUCAACACAAGACUACCAUACGUACUACCAGCAAGGAGCAGGAACCAACACAUCCCAGGGCAAUGGAAUUCUAGGAGCGGCCCCAGGUGUAAAGAUUGUUCCAACUGCAGCUGGAGUUGUAAUCUCACAGAGUGCGCAAGUCUACCAGCCCCACAUAAUUGCUCAGCCUGCCAUCCAGGCAUUGCCAGUUACCCAACAAAUUGAUGCCAAACCCCCAACUGGACCCCAGUCAAGUGCUACAACAGUGUCUGUGCCUGUUGCUCCUGCAGCUCCCGCUGCUACCUCUGCAUCAGCAGCCUCUGGAGAGACAGCUGACACCAGCACUGUUGUUCCUGACACAUCCACCUAUCAGUAUGAUGAGUCCUCUGGCUAUUAUUAUGACCCUCAAACUGGCCUCUACUAUGACCCAAACUCACAAUACUACUACAACUCACAGACUCAGCAGUAUCUGUACUGGGAUAGUGAGAAGCAGACAUAUGUCCCUGCUGCAGCUGACACAGCUGCUAACAUGAAGGCCAGCUCAGCAGGCAAAGAAGCCAAAGAUGGCAAGGAGAAAAAAGAAAAGCCCAAGAGCAAGACUGCUCAGCAGAUUGCUAAAGACAUGGAGCGAUGGGCUAAAAGUCUAAACAAACAGAAGGAGAACUUCAAGAGCAGCUUUCAGCCCAUCAGUCAGGAAGAGAGGAAAGAGGCAGCAGCUGCUGAUGCAGGCUUCACACUGUUUGAAAAGAAGGCAGGAGCUCUUGACAGACUCAUACCGGAGACACUAAAAGCCUCUGAGGAAGAGGUACCAACCACCUCACUCAAUGCUACCAAGUGUGGCCUUGUGGCGGCUUACAGUGGAGACAGUGACCCUGAGGAGGGAGGAGUAGAACCUGACCUCAGUGAGGAGGGCCAGGACAAGCUGACAGACUGGAAGAAGCUGGCCUGCUUACUGUGCAGGAGACAGUUCCCCAGUAAGGAAGGUCUCAUCCGUCAUCAGCAGCUCUCUGAUCUCCACAAGCAAAACCUGGAGGUGAUGCGCAGAUCCAGGCUGAGUGAGGCAGAGCUGGAGGAGCUGGAGAGGAAAGAGACUGAGAUGAAAUAUAGAGACAGAGCAGCUGAGAGGAGAGAAAAAUAUGGUAUCCCUGAACCUCCUGCGCCAAAAAAGAAGAAAUUUGCCCAACCAGCACCAGUUGUUAACUAUGAGCAACCCACAAAAGAUGGCCUGAACAGUGAUAACAUUGGAAAUAAAAUGCUGCAAGCAAUGGGCUGGAAGGAGGGCAAAGGUCUAGGCCGCAACCAGCAGGGCAUCACUGCACCUAUUGAGGCCCAGUUGAGAAUGAAGGGAGCUGGUCUUGGCACCAAAGGCAGCAACUACAACCUCUCUGCCUCAGACACGUACAAAGACGCAGUCCGCAAAGCCAUGUUUGCUCGCUUCACUGAAAUGGAUUGAGUGGUUAGUCUCAGCCGCUCAAGCCUAAUUACUGGUCAUUACUGGUUGGUGACCAUGUCUGUCACUCAACACCUACUGCGUUCAGAUUGUGAAGACCUCCUGAGACAAGCUGAUAAGGUGGAACUCCAAUAUUCCCGCAUCCGUCUCACAGAAAAAAACAUUAGAGAGGGAAGCGUGUUCCUUCAUUACAGUUUUUCCUCCAUGUUGGGUCAGUCAAGAGCUCAUAGAAUGUGCUUCCUUGAGUCCUUACUCGUUAAACCAAACCAGACAACAAAAGAUAAUCUGUAAUGUAGGAAUACUGAGGUAGUGGAUAAUAUAAUUUAUGAUUUGUAUAUAUGCACAGUGAGUUUACUUUUAUUGUGUACAUACUUCCUCCAUAUUUUUCUCUUGUUAUAAAAACAUUUUUGUCAGCAUGUCAAAAAAAAUUGUACAGUUUUUACAGAAAUCAUGUCUGUUUGUACAGUAAAUAAAUAAAUUCCAGUGAUUGGUGUAUAGACUUGA